GGGGGGCUUGGAGCACAGAGCGGUUUGGUCGUUCGUUGGAGGGUCCUCUUUUCUUUACUCGGCGACUGCGGCUCUUCAUUGGGGAGCAGGAGCGGCGCGACGAUCGGAGAAGCGGCCUAAGACUUCGGCGUUGGGUAAAAGAAAAUGGCCCGAACCAAGCAGACGGCUCGUAAAUCUACGGGUGGGAAAGCGCCCCGUAAGCAGCUGGCCACUAAAGCCGCCAGGAAAAGUGCUCCCUCUACUGGCGGGGUGAAAAAACCUCAUCGCUACAGGCCCGGGACCGUUGCGCUUCGAGAGAUCCGUCGUUACCAGAAAUCGACCGAGCUUCUGAUCCGGAAGCUGCCUUUCCAGAGGUUGGUGAGGGAGAUCGCCCAGGAUUUCAAAACCGAUCUGAGGUUUCAGAGUGCCGCCAUUGGUGCGCUGCAGGAGGCCAGUGAAGCGUACCUGGUGGGUUUAUUUGAAGAUACUAAUCUGUGUGCCAUCCACGCUAAGAGAGUCACCAUCAUGCCCAAAGACAUCCAGUUGGCUCGCCGGAUACGGGGAGAGAGAGCUUAAGUGAAGGCAGUUUUUAUGGUGUUUUGUAGUAAAUUCUGUAAAAUACUUUGGUUUAAUUUGUGACUUUUUUUGUAAGAAAUUGUUUAUAAUAUGUUGCAUUUGUACUUAAGUCAUUCCAUCUUUCACUCAGGAUGAAUGCGAAAAGUGACUGUUCACAGACCUCAGUGAUGUGAGCACUGUUGCUCAGGAGUGACAAGUUGCUAAUAUGCAGAAGGGAUGGGUGAUAUUUCUUGCUUCUCAUGAUGCAUGUUUCUGUAUGUUAAUGACUUGUUGGGUAGCUAUUAAGGUACUAGAAUUGAUAAAUGUGUACAGGGUCCUUUUGCAAUAAAACUGGUUAUGACUUGAUCCAAGUGUUUAACAAUUGGGGCUGUUAAGUCUGACCAUACAUCACUGUGAUAGAAUGUGGGCUUUUUCAAGGGUGAAGAUACAAGUCUUAACCACAGUGUAACUUACAGUUUCCUUAAAAAAAAAAAAAAAAAAAGUAAAACUGGCAGCUAUAGAAUACACUAUGUGCAUUUAUAAUAGCUAUUUUAUAUAUUGUAGUGUCAACAUUUUUAAAUUAAAUGUUUUACAUUCACAUGUGGUGGGGAGUCUUGUCAUUAAGGUGUGUGUAAUUUAAAGUCCAGUUGGUUUUCUCCUAACUAGACUGCACUUGUUUUCAUGAGAGUAAACUGCUUUGCAAAUUAUACCUUGCAUAAGUCCUCAUUCUACCACAUGUUAACUAACCCUCUAGCUGAUUAAUGCAAACACUAAGGGGGGGAUUUUAUUUAUAAGGGCUCUAGAAUAUAAUACAAGUUAUUCACACCAGCAUCAUCUGUUACUAAUAUUCUAUACUAGUUAGUGCAGCUUUUCUUUGUGUUGUGAUUGGUCUCAUAACUAGGUUUUUUCUCUACAAAGAGGAAACCAUACCGAAGUUCUUUUCCUUGUGGAGUUUGUAUUAUAAUAACCCUUAGAGUAAACUUGCUGUGGGAGAGGGGCACACAACUCCAGCUUCUUGAACCUCUGCCAGUUAAGGUGGUGUCGGGUUAGGUUACAUCUGAUACAUGGUCCUGGAAAAAUCACUUUAUAGAGGUGGCCUUCCAAGUGGUUUUAAAAACUAACCUUCUAUUGAAGUCUUUAGGUCAAUUAUGUAUGUUGACUAAAUUUACAAAUAAACUUGUUUAUUCAA